GUAGAUUUCAAUGGUAAACAGAAGUGGAUUAACAAAGUUAAAGCAUUAGUACUAAUUAGUAGUCUAGAUCUAGAAUCUAGACCUGAUUUUUAGAUCUAGAUCUCUAGACGUCUACAUUGUAGAUUUCUAGUUUACUGAACUUAAAAACAUGGGGAUGUGGAAGGAGCGAGGAUUGAUCUACAAGGUUGGUUUUGUUGGUAUAGUGCUGGGCUCCCUGUUGUUUGUGGUUGGAUUCUGUGCUCCAGCCUGGGCAGAGUUCCAGUUUGUUUGGUCAGAUGAUCACGUGGAAAGUAUGGGUCUUUGGCAGACUUGCAGUGGAAGUCUAUCUGUCUGCACCAUGUCUGUCAGUAAUGACAACUUAGGCUGGUUAAAAGCUGUUCGAGCCUUGGAGUGCAUUGCAAUGUUUUUUGCUUUAGCUUCUUGCAUUAGUGGUCUGUACAGCAAUUGUAUCCUUAAAGCCCAGAUGAUGCCAGAGUUUUUUAACAAGAACAUGGAGACUUCUGCUAUAGUAUCAGUUGUUUUUGGCUGCUUUGGGCUUAUCAUAUUUGCUACCCAGAUCCAAAACUACUACCCAGAGAGAAUUGGGCAGGUGUCUUGGGGUUUUAUUCUGGCGUGUGUCUCAAAUGCCUUUAUCGGAGUAAGUGCAUUUCUUAUGCUAAUCUCCCACAAGUUGCACCUCAUGGCCCUGCAGGACCAGUUUGUACACCGUCAGCUGCGUGGGCCUUACCACCCCCACCUACAGAUAUCUGAGUACAGCAUUGACAGCAGAAGCCACAUCUUCAUCGACUCUUCUGAAGGUUUCAUCGACAUGGUGCCCCCGCCUUAUGAAAGUGUCGUCAGCUGCAUCUCGCAGAAUGAGAUACCUCCGCCGCCACCAUACUCUGAACUGGUUAAGUCAAGUACAUAAAAUAUUUUAAACCAAAAAAACAUACUACCUGUAAAGAUAUUUUUUUAAUGUAAAUAGGUAUUUACCAGUAGAAUCUAAUUAUGUUGAUGAACAAAUCUAUCUUGUUAACAUUUGUGGUGUUACUGGAAAAAAUUAAAAUUACUAAAAACUAAUGUUAAACAAAAUGAUAUACUUAUGUAAAUAUAAUGUUUCUCUGAUGCCAGAAGCUGGGUGAUAAUAGAAAAUUUUUUUUUUAAACCAAAGCUUUCUUUCAUUUUUUUUUUUUUCAUUAUUAAAUUUAACUUUUUUUUUUUUAAACUUCUGUUUAUAGUGCCCUCACCCCCCUUUUUUUAAAAAUAUGAACAUUUCUGAAUUUUGCUUUUUUAUGUUCUAUUUGUUAAAUCAGUUUUGUAUUUUCAUGUAAGUUUUAAUUAUUAUAUUUAAGUUUUAUUAACUUCUCUGUGUUCAUCUUGUAACUGUAGGAUAAAAAAAAACAACAGAGUAUGCUUAUUUAUUUCUUGUUUGCUUUUAUUGCAUGACGUCAAAAUGUCAGGUUUUGACUGAUUAAAAAAAAAGCAGACAUCACAAGCUGUUAAAAUUUAUAGAAGAAAGAUAAAUGGAAUAAAUGGCGUAAUUUAUCAAAACAGUUCAGAUCUGGUCUGCUAGUUUAUGACUUGAUGCAUAGCUGCCAGUCUUCAUAAAAAAAUAUACAUUAUAUUGUAUUACUUUUUAAUUUGAAUUUUUUUUUCAUUAGUUCAACUGUGUUGUUCAUAUGUAAAUAGAAAUUUAAGAGUUUAAAAUAAAAGGAUGGAUAUUAUGUCAUUUAUGAAAAUAUAUUUGAGCUGUGGCUUCUAAACUGGGAAAUCUUUUGAUCUUGAUGGAUGCUAUUAAUUUUGGAUUUAAAGACACAGUUCUAGUUCUAAUUGGUGCCUAAGUUGUGGAAAGCAAAUCAAAACAGGCUAUUUAGUAGACCAGUUGUAUUUAAAACCUUUUUGAGUAUCCGAGGGCCUUACAAAUUUCCACAGUCUGCAUCAACAAAAAAAAUAAUCCUUAAGAAAAUAGAACCGAGCAUUUGUGGCUUUAUUUAGCACUGUAGCAAAAGUUUUUCAGGAGCUGGACAGCAUCAUGUCACAAACCAUAUACCUCCAGCGGGCCAUAGUUUGGGGAUCACUGUUGUAUGUCAUAGAGCAUUCUUGCUUGUAUUAAUCUAGAAUGUGAAAAACUAGUAAAUUUCACUCUCAUUGGAUGUCUUGGUCUUUGAUCUAUUAUUCUUAAUCUCACUGUACAAACUAAAUCUUUGUAAAACUAAGUUUAUGACAUUCAUUUAGCGGAAAUAAAACAUUAUUCUUUUUGGUUUGCCCAAGUAUUUAAAUUAUUGAAUGUUGUUUGCCUGUUUUGAAUACUAUUUUGAUACAUGUAACUAGUUCUUUAUUUACUGGUUUCAUGUACUUUGCAUAUUAGCUAUUUAUGUUAAGUAAAGCUAGGGAUAAUUAUAGAUGAAUGCUCACUUUUUCAAAAUUUAUGUUGUAGAAUUUAGAGGUUCAUUUGGUGGUUGUGAAAACUAAACUUAUUUAAAAUCUAAUUCUAUACAAUGGAAAAUUAAUUUAAUAAAUGUCUCAGGGCACUUGCCUUUACUUAAAUACUUAAACUAUUAUUUCAAUGGCCAGAGGAUAACUUGAUGAUUCAGUUCUAGUGUAAUUAAAAAAAAAAGAAAAGCAAAGAAGAUGAACACAAAUGGAAAUUAAAUUAAUUUAUUCAAUAUGGUUUUUUUUUUGGCCCAGACAUUGUCAUAGAAGAAAAUUGUUUCCUUUGUUAUCAAUGAAAUGAAUGUGAAUUAAAAUCUUCAUGAAUCAUAAAAGCCUAUGUCAAGAAGAUAUGAUGGAUAGAUAUACUUAUUAUUCUUGUAUCAAGGUAUAUUAUGAAAUACAUUAACAAAUUAUACAUAUUUUAUUUAUUGUUUUGGUUUUAGAAACAUAACAGGUAUUGAUUCAUGUAAUUCCUUUUUGCAUAAUUAAUAAGUAUUCCCAUGAAAUACAGUGUACCAAACCAAAAGGUUCUAAAAUUGUAGCUCCACUAAUUCUUCAACAUUAUAUACCUUAUAAUCAAGAGAUUGCUAAAUAUCUGUGACAAUAGUUUUUCGGUGACUGUGAUAUUCUUGAGAAUCAAACAAGUGCUGCAUGUUUAUCUCUUGUGUAAAUGCCUUGUAUUUUGAACAUGUACAUUUUUGUUUUUGAAUUAUGUGCAGAAAGUAUUACUUUAUUACAUAUGUAUUCUCCCAGUUAGGGUCUCUUUAACACAAGCUUGGGAGUUACUAACAUUUACAGACUUCAUAUGUGAUUGUAUUUUCUUAACUUCUUGAAAAAGGGAGUGUUGACUCAGUGAUUGUGUUAAGUCUUGACCCAAUAAAGAGCUUCCAAAAUAAACAAAAGAAAAAUUUCUGAAACCUGCUCUAAUUCCAAUAAAAGUUGUGAUUCGGAAAUAAUAGAAAACUCCACAUUUCAUGUACCUUUGACAUACCGCUCCCUCUCUCAAGAAGUUCAGACAUGUUUUCUAAUUGUUUAACUUGAUACAGAUGCGCACCCAGUUUACGUUGGUCAGAAGGGCUGUAUUAUUUCUGUUAACUAAAAAAACAACAACAAAUGAGUGGAUAUAUCAUAAAUGAAUAAUGUGUCAAUGUAUAUAUGGCCAUGUGGUCUGUUUAACUAAUAUAAAGUGUAUUUGAUCACAUCUCAAUGAAGCUUAUUGUUCUUUUUUACACUGCACAAUUAAUCUGCUAUAUUCAGUGUAUAGAAAUAUUACUUGAAGAUAUCUUCAUAAGUGCAUAAACUAUUAUAAUGCCAUUACUCAAAGGUACAUGAAAUGAAUGAAAGUUUUUUGUUUUUUUGGAUUGAUACCAUGUAACUGUUUAUAUUUCUAGGUCACAUUGUUCAAUGACAGUCAGAAUGUAUACAUUUUGUGUUAAAACAUGAUAGGUGUAAAGUACUGCCCAAUUAUUUUUGUUUAAAAGAUUCUAUCUUAUCUUAUACAAUACAGACAUUACUUCAAAAAAGAUGAUUACGUCCUACGCGUCAUGCAUUUAGUCAUGCAUAUUAACCAAUGACUUAAAUUCUGCCAAGUCAUGUUUUGUUAGGUACAAUAAAUAAUUAUGUUAAGUAUCAACUUGAUCCAGACAGAGUUAAUAUAAACUUAGUACAAAUAGAUAAUAUAGAGUGAAGUGAAAUUAUCUACCUUGACUCCUCAAAUUCUUUUUCUUUAUAUAAUUGAUUAUAAAACAAGGAAACCAAAAAUGGGAUUGACAGGUUUUAAGAAGCUAACUACUUUCUUCAUUCUGUUGAUGUUCUACUGUAGCUGAUAUUCACAGGUGUAUUAGACUUAUGAUUCUAAGCUGAGCAACUCAUCUAAGUUUAAUGAACAUUAAAAACUCAACACCAAGUUUUGUGUUGGUAGAAUUUUCUAUUCACCUAAUUAAAAAAAAAAAUAGAUUAGUGAAUUUUGAAAAAUUAUUCUGUUUAUAGAUGACCAUGUCUCUGAAAUUGUGUAUAUAUUUCUUAUUUUAUUAGUUUUCUUGAAAAAAGCACGGAAUAGAAUAAAUAACUUUCAAUUAUC